UUUUUUUUUAUCACCGGGAGGAAAAAUGGCUAUCAUUUGGGACUACCACGCCCCCAAUGCAUAAAUACAUAGUUAAAUCACGUUAUGUUGUGUAUUUGGUGCAAUUUGCGUCUAAGCUUUCUCGACAGCGCCAAACUGCAGCUUCUGUGCAAUUCGGUAAAUCAUGUUCGCUCGACACCACAGCAUUUCACAAAGCCUCCGUGGAAGUGAAAGACAUCUUUGCAAGUGCAAGGAACGGUGACUACCGGCUUCUGAAAAUCGUAAUUGAAGAUGAGCAGUUAGUGGUGGGCGACAGCCGAACGUCUGCAAAGCAGUGGGACCAGGAGUACGACUCCUGCGUCCUGUCCGUCCUGGACGACGACCAGCCGUCCUACAUCCUGUACCGGCUGGACUCCACCAAUAACCAGGGAUACGAGUGGCUCUUCCUGGCCUGGUCGCCUGACAAAUCCCCUGUGCGCCAGAAAAUGCUGUACGCAGCGACGAGAGCUACGCUGAAGAAGGAGUUUGGAGGAGGGCACAUAAAAGACGAGAUCUUCGGCACCACAAGGGACGACGUGUCGCUGAGUGGAUACAGGAAGCACCUGACCUCCCAGUCUGCCCCACUCCCACUGAGCGCUGCCGAGGAGGAGCUCAGAAAAAUCAAACUCAACGAGGUUCAGACUGACAUAGGCGUGGACACAAAGCUGCAGACACUCCAGGGCGUGGCCCUCCCCGUUCACCGAGAAGCCGUCCGAGCUCUGGAACAGUUCAGGAACAAGGAGCUCGAUUACGUUCAGCUUGAAAUCGAUUUUGCCAACGAGAUCAUAAAGCUGUCGAGCACUGUCGCCACGGAGAUUGCGGACUUGCCAAAGAGGAUCCCGAAGGACUCCGCCCGCUACCACUUCUUCCUCUACAAGCACUCCCACGAGGGAGACCAUCUCGAAUCUACAGUCUUCAUCUACUCCAUGCCCGGGUACUCCUGCAGCGUUCGGGAAAGGAUGCUGUACUCCAGCUGCAAAGGCCCCCUGGUGGACAUGGCUGAGAACAACCUCAAGAUGGAAAUCGAAAAAAAGAUUGAAAUCGACAACGGCGACGAGCUGACGGGCGAUUUCCUGUACGAGGAGGUCCACCCCAAACAGCACGCGCACAAGCAGAAGUUCGCCAAGCCGAGGGGGCCUGCCGGUAAGAGGGGGGGCCGCAGGAUGAUCCGCCCUCCCGGGGAGGACGACGAGGACGAGGACUAGGCCAACCCCCCCCCCCCCCCCCGCUUUCCGCCCACGGUGGAACAUUCCGCUCGGCAAGCAAACCCGUCAAUGGAACGUUCCAUUUAGAAACGAGUCCUGCAAAGCUCCAACCAAACCCACAAAAAUUCACACCUAUGCACAUAAAAAGGAGAAAAAAAAAUACACUUCAGACACCACACAGACUUCCGCCUGGAGCUUGCUGUACAGUACAUAUGCGGAUUUGGGCGCACGAGAGGGUUUUCACAGAGCGACUAAACUAACGAAUUGAUCCGAUGGCUUUCAAACAUUUCCACAUCGCUCGUCGCAGGAACGCGGGGUCGAAGGGAAGUCAACGGGGCGUUCGGGACGCGUGCGAAAAUGGCGGGUUAAUUACACUGAGAAGCAACUAACCAGUUCUACGCCUCAAAGGGUGCCAUCACUUAUUUGACCAAAUUGAGUUUAAGAUUCUGUUCUUAAACUUUAUAUAGUCGUAGGCUAAUAUUAAAAAAAAAAAAUGCUGUUUGCAGCGUUCAUUCUUUUACUACGGUUCUUUUUAUAAUCACGAAAUAACACUGGUUCGACACAGCUGGGGUUUACAGAACACUCCACUGCUGAAAAGUAAUUAUUUUUCUAUGCAUGUACUGUACCAGGGGUCUGUUGUCUGUUUUAAUGGAGUCUCGCCGCAGGGCGUAGUGCCUGUAUAUUCUUGAGUGAUUGUUUUUGUGGACCAUGUCUUCUUCCUGAAUCUCGAGCUGUCUGACACACUUCACAUAUGCAAUAAAAGGGUGCAGCCACUGUU